AUGGACAUCGUGGCUUUCACGAUGUGUGAAAAGAGGACGCCAGAAUCCCGCAAAGACGAAAGCUACGCGGUACCGGGAACAGGGGACCCUGAUGGCCUUAUUCAGUCAAAAUGGUUCCACGGAGCAACAAAGGACGACCUAAACCGUUUUCUUGACCAAGACCUAGAUCUGUUGGUUGUGAGCUUACCACUAACGGAUCUCACCCGCGGUAUGAUCGCUAAAGAGCAGUUCCAGAUCCUCGCAAAGAAGAAGACGUUUCUCUGCAACAUCGGCUGGGGGCCUCUUGUGGUGACGGCUGACCUCAUCGAUGCGCUGGAGAAGGGGUUGGUUCGAGCAGCGGCGCUGAACGUGACGGAUCCAGAAUCAUUACCAAAGGGCCAUCCACUGUGGAGGGCACCGAAUCUUUUGUCACGCCGCACGUGA